AUGGACUAUCUCAAUCAUGCUUUCGACUAUUUCAACGACUGAAUAGCAUGAUACCGCCACAUGGCUUACUAUUACAUAGGCUACCAUGCCCACGAGUAUCGCCUCCAGUCAGCCUCGUCCAAAAACAAAAGCAAAAAGUUUGUUGCAGUAAGAGAUAAUGACAUUGAAGAAAUCCAAGCUAAUCUUUUUAAUGGAAACUGACAGGUAUACCUUCUCCUCAAUCCUCCCAAUAAUAAAAUCUUUCUAUUUUUUAUAUAAAAAUUCAUUAUAAAACCCUAUAAAUGAUAUAGUCUCUAUAAAUAAUAUGACAACCAUGCUCCACGAAGCCGUAGUGCUCGACAGACGAUCAAUUUUUGAUUUUUUGCUUCGGCAAGGCGCAGACCCAAAUGUCCGUGACCGCAAUGGUAUGACUCCUCUAUUAAAAGCUGCAGCCCUCGGCAGAGAACAUAUGGUGAUCGAGCUAUUAAAAUGUGGAGUAAACCCCCAUCAUAGAGAUCCUCAUGGUUUCACCCCUCUGCAAAAAGCCAUUUUACACGAAGAAUGAAAAGUGGUGACCAUUCUUUCUGGCCUUGGAAACUACACAAAGUCUCCGACGACUUGGCUGUGGCCGCCUGAUAUUUAA